CCGCCGCGCGCCCCGAUGGCGUCACCGCCGCGCGCCCCGAUGGCGUCAUCGCCGAGCGCGUCGCUCAUUGGCCAGCUGGCUCUAACCCCGCCCACACGCGGUGCCGCGCGUCUCGAUGGCGUCACCAGCCCGAUGGCGUCACCGCCGCGCGUCUCGAUGGCGUCACCACCCCGAUGGCGUCACCGUGGCGCGUCUCGAUGGCGUCACCAGCCCGAUGGCGUCACCGCCGCGCGUCUCGAUGGCGUCAUCGCUGAGCGCGUCGCUCAUUGGCCAGCUUGCUCUAACCCCGCCCACACGCCAUGCCGCGCGACCCGAUGGCGUCACCACCCCGAUGGCGUCAUCGCCGAGCGCGUCGCUCAUUGGCCAGCUCGCUCUAACCCCGCCCACAAGCCGCGCUAUGAUGACGUUGCUUUGAUGACGCAACCUCCUCCCGGCGUCGCUAUUGGCGGUUUCCAUGGAGACGGCGGCUCCCGGCAGCCCGCGCGGCGCGGCCGCUUCCGGGUUCGUGUCUGGGCCAUGGCGGGCGCGGCGCCGGCCGGGGAGGCGGACGAGCUCUUCGACCUCCGCAACAACUUCUACAUCGGCGCCUUCCAGGCCGCCAUCAACGAGGCGCAGCGCGCCAAGCCCAGCAGCCCCCAGCAGGAGGCCGAGCGGGACGUGUUCCUGUUCCGAGCCUACAUCGCCCAGAGGAAGUUCGGGGUGGUUCUGGACGAGCUGCAGGGCAGCUCCAGCCCCGAGCUGCAGGCUCUCCGGAUGUUUGCUCAGUACCUGGCCAGCGACAGCCAGAGCCAGAGGGACUCGGUGGUGGCGGAGCUGGACAGGAGGAUGGCCAAGAGCGUGGACGCGGCCAGCUGCACCUUCCUGCUGAUGGCAGCGGCCAUCUACUGCCACCAGCAGGACCCCGACGCCGCGCUGCGCGCCCUGCGCCAGGGGGACAGCCUGGAAUGCUUGGCCAUGAUGAUCCAGAUCCUGCUGAAGCUCGACAGGCUCGACCUGGCCAGGAAGGAGCUGAAGAAGAUGCAGGAGCAGGAUGAGGAUGCCACCCUGACCCAGCUGGCCACAGCCUGGGUGAACCUGGCCUUGGGCGGGGAGAAGCUGCAGGAAGCCUUCUACACCUUCCAGGAGCUGGCAGAUCGCUUCUGCCCCUCGCUGCUGCUGCUCAACGGGCAGGCGGCCGCCGCCAUGGCCCAGGGCCGCUGGGACGAGGCCGAGGGGCUGCUCCAGGAGGCCCUGGACAAGGACAGCGGGCACCCUGAGACGCUGCUGAACCUCGUGGUGCUGUCCCAGCACCUGGGCAAGGCCCCCGAGGUCACCAAUCGUUACCUGUCCCAGCUGAAAGAUGCUCACAAAAACCAUCCCUUCAUCCAGGAGUACCAGGCCAAGGAGAACGACUUUGACCGCCUGGCCCUGCAGUAUGCAGCCAGUGCCUGAGCCUGGCGCCCCAAAUCCACCUUCGGGACCCAAAAAUAUCUUCUGGAA